AUGGGCCCCCUCCCCCUUCCCGCACCCCACCAACCCGUCCCUCGUCUUCCGAACCGCCGAGCACUACAUGAUGUACCGCAAGGCGCCCUCUUCGACCCGUCCCAGCAGGCCGCCAUCCUCACCGCGACGCACCCGCGCCAGGUCAAGGCUCUCGGGCGCAAGGUCAAGAACUUUGACGCCGCGACGUGGGAGGACCGGCGCGAGGCCAUCGUGACGGAGGGCACGAGGCUCAAGUUUACGACGGGCGCUGGGGCCGCGGAGCGGAGACGCCGGCUGCUGGCCACGGGCACGGGGGAGCUGGUCGAGGCGAGCCCCUUUGACCCCAUCUGGGGCGUCGGGUUUGCGCCGCACGUUGCGCCGACGGUCGACCGGGAGGCGUGGGGGCUUAAUCUGCUGGGCAAGGCGUUGAUGGUCGUGAGGGACGAGUUGAGGACGGCGGAGGGUCGGGCGGGCUGA